GGGGCUCCGCGGUGUUCGGAGCCACCUCCUCCCUAGCCCGGAGGGGCUCUCUCAUCAGGCUGCAGCCUCACUUUCCCCUGUUUCUCUUUUUCUUUAAAAAGCACCCCCACCCCUCUUCUGAUCACAGCAGCUGGUCCUUCCCCGGCUGCACUCUCGGGAGCUGCCCAUCCCUCCGGCUGCCGGCGAGGACGCGCGCUCAGCCCUGGGAGAAGCAAAGAAGAAAAACUUGUCGGAGGGGUUUCUCCAGCCUCCACUAACCUCCUUCUCUCGGAAAACACCAACCGCCCUCCGGGACGAGUCCUAAGUCUGGGAAAGUUCCUCCGGUGCUCAGCGCCCUCUUGGAUCUGGAACUGCACCGGCGCAGCCAGUGGAAUUAGAUCUGUUUUGAACCCAGUGGAGCGCGUCGCGGGCGCUCGGAGGUCACCGUCUGUGGGCGCCCGGGUGGCGCUGCCUGCGAAGACCCGGGACUUUGCCGGCCGGACUGCAAGUGACCUUUCCUCCCCGCACUUGGUUGAUUCUGUCUCGCCUGAGGGCUGCGAGGGUGACAAGUUGCGGUGAGAGCUCCCGAAGUUCGGAGAGGGCUGUGCUGUCUCUUCUUGCUUCUCUGCUACCCAGAGUGAAAUCCUAGCGAAACUGUCAGAGGCCUCCGGAUUCCACCCAAGACUCACCCACAGAGCUCGGCCGUGUCGCCCCAUCCCCAGGGAUAACCCCGGAGCCCAGGGCCUCAAGGAAAGAUUCGCUGGGCAGGGGAGGGAGGUCGCGGCAGCGGCAUGGCGAGGUUCCCGAGGGUCGACCUGGCCGUUGCAGGAGUUAUGUUACUUUGUCACUUUUUAACCGACCGGUUCCAGUUCGUCCACGGGGAGCCUGGAGACCAUCGCAAUGAUUGGAAGUAUGAAGUUGCAAACGUCUUUCCUCGGAGUGAAGAGGGGGUGGAAGUGAAUUCUCAAGCAUACAGCCACCGGUGGAAAAGAAAUGUGGACCCUUUUAAGGCGGUAGACACAAACAGAGCCAGCAUGGGCCAAGAUGCUCCAGAGGCCAGAGGCUUCGCCGAUCUGCUUCUGGAAGAUGCGCAGGACAAUAGCACCCAGAUUGAGGAGGACACGGAUCACAAUUACUACAUUUCUCGGAUAUACGGCCCAGCGGAUUCUGCCAGCAGGGAUCUGUGGGUGAACAUUGACCAAAUGGAAAAAGAUAAAGUCAAAAUUCACGGGAUACUUUCGAACACUCACCGGCAAGCUGCGAGAGUGAAUCUGUCCUUCGAUUUUCCAUUUUAUGGUCAUUUUCUAAAUGAAGUCACUGUGGCAACUGGGGGUUUUAUAUACACUGGAGAAGUUGUACAUCGAAUGCUAACAGCUACACAGUAUAUAGCCCCUUUAAUGGCAAAUUUUGAUCCCAGUGUUUCCAGAAAUUCAACUGUCAGAUACUUUGAUAAUGGCACAGCUCUUGUUGUCCAGUGGGAUCAUGUCCACCUGCAGGAUAAUUACAACCUGGGAAGCUUCACAUUCCAGGCCACACUCCUCAUGGAUGGGCGCAUCAUCUUUGGAUACAAAGAAAUCCCUGUCUUGGUCACACAGAUAAGCUCCACCAACCAUCCAGUGAAAGUCGGGUUGUCUGAUGCAUUUGUCGUAGUCCACAGGAUCCAGCAAAUACCCAAUGUUCGAAGAAGAACAAUUUAUGAAUAUCACCGAGUAGAACUACAAAUGUCCAAAAUUACCAACAUUUCAGCUGUGGAGAUGACCCCACUGCCCACAUGUCUCCAGUUCAACAGCUGUGGCCCUUGUGUGUCCUCGCAGAUUGGUUUCAACUGCAGUUGGUGUAGCAAACUUCAAAGAUGUUCCAGUGGAUUUGAUCGCCAUCGGCAGGACUGGGUGGAUAGUGGAUGCCCAGAAGAGGUACAGUCAAAAGAGAAGAUGUGUGAAAACACAGAGCCAGGGGAGACGUCUCAAACUACCACGACCUCACACACGACCACCAUGCAAUUCAGGGUCCUAACUACCACCAGGAGAGCUGUGACAUCACAGAUGCCUACCAGCCUGCCUACAGAAGAUGACACGAAGAUAGCACUGCAUCUCAAAGACAGUGGAGCCUCCACAGAUGACAGUGCAGCUGAGAAGAAAGGCGGAACCUUCCAUGCAGGCCUCAUUGUGGGAAUCCUCAUCUUGGUCCUGAUUAUAGCAGCGGCCGUUCUGGUGACAGUUUAUAUGUAUCACCAUCCAACAUCAGCCGCCAGCAUCUUCUUCAUUGAGAGACGCCCAAGCAGAUGGCCGGCAAUGAAGUUUCGAAGAGGAUCAGGACAUCCUGCCUAUGCAGAAGUUGAACCAGUUGGAGAGAAAGAAGGUUUUAUUGUAUCAGAGCAGUGCUAAAAAUUUUAGGACAGAGCAGCACCAGUACUGGCUUACAGGUGUUAAGACUAAAACUUUGCUUAUGCGUUUAAGACAAACAGACACACACCCACAACCACACACAAAGGAGCCCUAAACUGCUGUAGACAGAAGGGCGACGAGAUUCCUGGACAAGCCCGGCCCAGGAACAUUGAAAGGAAAACUGAGACUUGUACAAGACACCACGUACACUGAAUAAAGAAUUCCCUAGCGGAAUGACAUCCAUGGUUCACAAGGAACAUCUCCUGUGGACUUGCCAGGAGUGUGACGAGAUGACGAUGCUUUUGGGUUAGGUGCAGGGUUGCAAAGGGAUCAAGGAAACAAAUAUGAUAAUAAAUAAAGCUUUAGUUCACAAGGGAUCUACACCUUUGGUUCAAAUGUUCUUCUCUGACGUCUCAAAGAUAACCAUGUUCCAAAGCCUGAACACGUUCACUAGAAAGAGCACUGGUGAUUGUUUCCAGGUCGCAGGGAAUAACAGCUCACACAAGAGCAAAACCAAACAUGAAUAGAGGUUUUUCUAUAUUUUCCAAACAAACUAUCGGCAAAAGGAUUUUAAGUUUUGCUCUAGAUGUCAUUAUUCAAGACAAGUUUAUUACUCUGCAGGAUGAAUCUUUCAUCUGUUCAGGAGUUCAAACUACGCCUGCCUCUUCCUUGGUAAUGAAUACCCUUUCUGUGAGCUGUGACACAAUUCCCUAAUGUUAAGCUGAGGACUGGAGAGGAGGAAGUAGCCGGCGAGGUUGUCCAGUCUCUCGCUGUAGAAUAAGAUGAGAUUUGCUCUCUAAGGUGCUGCUUCCCCUCCCAGCUGGAGUCCUGUGGAGCCUCAUUUGCUCUUGGCUCAUGACAAUGGACAGAAAUAAGAAGAAUAAUCCUGAGAUCAUUUUUUUGAGACAAAUAUCUUAAGGGAAUUUUUUUUUUUGAAAUUCACCAUAUCUGUAUGAAAAACCCAUUUCAUUGUCAAUACCUAAGAUGCCAUUCAAGUGAACAUAUCCCUGGUGAUAGAAAAAAAAAAAGAAAUGAAAUAACCCUGCUGAAUCACACAGUAAUUUUCUUUAAAGCACAUAGUAGUUACAUAAAUAUAUAUAUAAAUAUAUUUUUGUUUAUAACUAACACAAGGCAGGCUCUUGUGGCUCUAAAGAGUGUAUUUUGUCAUCAAGACAAAACAAAUGCAAGAUGCAUCACUGGUUUCUUCCAUUACAUUGUAAAAUGAUCCUCAAUAUGUUUUAUGUUACUUCCAGGAGUGGUUCAUUCAGCUGCAGCAUGUAUCAUUUUGCCGCCUCUUGCAUCCCCUGUCCCAUUUACACCAACCCCUCCCGUCCUUGAUUCAAAGAAGCAGUUGUAAAUGUCCCUCAAGUAGAAUUUUCAUUUGUACUCAUGAUUGCAAUCCAAUUUUUUUGAGAAGUUUCCAUAAGUAAAGAAAGUCAAGGUACCAGUGAAGAAGGAAAGAGGUUAAGGUAAACCAUCUCCCUAACCAUGAGAUCAGGGACUGUGGCCUACAUUCCUACAAAUGGUUUGCCCUGUAAACCUUUCACAUUCUGUGCCAAGGAAGGUCCUGGCUCUUAUAAGGUACAGCAUUCAGCAUUUGCAGAUUCAGGUUUCUCAAAGCAAAGGUCCUUUACUAGUAGCACCUCACUGACAGUUUACAAUCUGGGUACAGUGUCUACACUGGACAGCUGAUGGUCACGUUAUCAUCUGCCAGAAGCAAGACUUCUUUUCCGUCACAUGUAUUUUGCUUUAUGCUUUAUACUUGCAGAUACUUCAAGUAUGUGACGAUGGUAACUUUUCCCUAACCUUAGUUUAAAAUGGCAGAAUGGAAAGAUAGAAGAGGAAUGUGGUUGCAGGAUGUGAUGACCAUCUGUGCCCCAGCUCUGCUCGUGUUAUAUAUGCAAUAUCUCAGCUUAUUCUUGUCAUUACAGUUUUGGUGAGAAAGCAAUUACCAAAUGACUUGCCAAUGUAAUUGGUGCAACUGGUAUUCUACAGACACAUAUGGAACACAUAGACGACUUCCUUUUAGGGGCGAGAUAAGGAUGUAUUCAUGCACUUUGGCAAUAAUUAUGGCUUCCAAUAGCAGUGGAUUGGCAGCUGCCUACAUAUCUUUGCAUAUGUUUUUCACUUCUUGCAUAAUUCCUUCAAGCAGUAAUAUUAACCUUAUAUCCUUCAAUGCCCAUCUUCCAACUUAGAUGUAAAAUAAAAUCAAUAGUUCUAUUAAAUGAAUGCACAAGACCCGGUAAAUUAUUCAGCAUGCCAAAGCACCAAGUAACAGGAGAAAAAUAACUAGAAGCCAAAAGGAUGCUAUGUUUUGUGGAAAUGUUCAAAAAUAAUUGAGAAAGAAUAAAAGUUCUGCUUUGCAUGAGUUCACAAGUAGUAAGAGAAAAUAUUGGGAAAAUCUCUUCUUGCUGUGAAAUUCUAGUUCUCUUUGUACUUCUGGUUUGUUCUUGAUUCACAUUUUCUUCAGAGGAAGGGCAUAGAGGGUUUCCAAAAACUCCAAAAAGGAGUCCAGUAUCAUGGACUUCAUCUGAAUUAUGCAUUACAAAGGGUAGACACAAGCAGCUUAGUCAAUAUUCUGUGAGAAUGAAGAAAGACUAGCACUGGCAGUUUUAUGAGAAAAAUGACAAUGGGGUGCAUACAACCUUAGAGGAAAUCAGAGAAAUGGUAUUACAAAGGAAUUUACAUUUGUCACCUGAAUUACUUGGAAGAUGUUAUUGGCAUGAUUGUGAAUGAUUGAGACCUUAUGGGGCAUUAACAAAUAGAAAGAGAACACUUAAAGGUAAAGGGCAACUGAGCAGAAAUAAUUUUAAAGAAAGGUUUUUAGGGUAUUUAGUAGACUCUCACAUAUAUGAUCUAGAGUGGUACUGUCUACUGUUAUGUCUUCUGGCCAGUUAUGGGUAGUGAUCUUUAAGCUAAAUAAAUUUACAUUCAGUUGUCUGGUCGCAUUUUGACUGAUCCAUAGACACACAUGGCUCAUGGCUACCAUUGUGGGCUACACACAACACUUCUAUCAUUGCAGAAAGUGUUAUUGUAGCAUACUAUAAUGUUUCAAUUGAACUAUUUGCUUUUGAAGAAAUAGUGGAAGAAAGGAAGGAAGGCUGGAGGGAGGGAAGGGAAGAAAGAAGGGAGGAAAGGUAUUUGAUAGUUCUUAGGUACAUUAAAGCAAUUAUUUUCUUGUUACCUAAGAGAUGCCUCAUAAAGAAAUGACGAGAAUACCAGUUGACAUGGCUUUGUAUUUUCAUAGUGUUUUCUUGGAAACACCACUUCAACUUCCGGGAGUCUCAAUUUUCACAUUGGAAAAAAAUUAAAUAUAUAUUUCCUGUCUUUUUUUGCAAGAUUAUUUUACAGACCGAUUGAUACAGAUGUAAAGACAUUUGAAACCUUACAACGAAGUGAUCUAUAAAGCACAUCUGUAGGGCAGGCACCAAAUUGCACAGAAGGGAAGAAUAGUCCAUCAAUCCAAAAGGCAACUCAUGGCAAUCAAGGCAAUAUAUUCCUGAGAAAGUAUCAAAACGCAUAGAGAAACUGCUCAAGUUUCUUUUGGUCCAUGUCUAUCUUUCCUGCCUCUUUCUCUUAUUGAUCAAAUCUCCUUUGUCUCCCUCAUUUGCCUGGACUCUGUCUUAUGUAGAGUCACUAUGUGCCUCAUUGUUUGUUUUGCUCAGGAAUCUCAGCAUCUUAGCAGAGGCUCUUUUGAAAGCAAAAUAAAUGACACUGCAAACAUUAGUUAUCUCUUAUUUAUUUUAUUUCUAUUAUAAAAGCAAGGAGCUGUGAUGUAAUACUAUAUAAAUAUGGGGGAAACUUGCUUUUGAUGUAAAUUCUACAAAUGCCAGACUUUAUAAAAGAAAUAAAACCACCUUAAAGUAUGUGCAUGUCCAGAUAAUGCAUAGUGUGAGAAGGCAUCUCAUACAACCUGUUCCUUUUACUGAUGUGAAAUCCAAGGCUUAUAUAGAUACAAUAAUUGUCAUUGGUGUCAAAAGUGGGGUUUGAACUUCAACCUCUCAAUUGCUUUUUCUCCUUUUGAUUGCUGUGGCUUACAUUCCUCUGUAAGUAAUUAAGACAACUAAACAUCUGGAAGUCAUAAUCCAUGAAAAAAUUGAUUUCACCUCAUAUAAGGAUGAUCUCUAUAUACUGUACUAUAGUAAGAAGCAUUGAAACACUACUCUUCUAUGCUGUUACUGUCAUAAGAAUCCUGUUGUUCUAUUUCAAAUGCCAUCUCUUGUGGGGGGAGUCCUUAUAUGUCCCCUCCCCGCCUCCUCAGCUGUGGUCAUCAGUUAGCAGUGCUAUUUAUAUUUGUCAUUUGAAUGUUUUUCUGCCUUCGUUUUGUUUCUACUCAAUGUUAUUUGAAAACUAAUACUGUUUAUUGAAGAAUUUCUGCCACCUAGAUAAUCACCAUUUUUUACUUGUUCAUGGAAACUGUUCAGAAACUUGUGUUCCAAGAAGGUCUUAUGGGAAAAGAUUGUGAGAUCAGGGGUGUUACCUAUGAAAUAUUCAUAUCGUUGUGUUUUUAUAAAGCACUUUACAUUUUA